GAUAUAUUUUUCUAUGUUGCGAUUUUUCAAACUCGAUCAAGAAGUCCGAGAAAACAAGCGCGUCGAAUUUGAAGAUAAUUUGACAAAACACGAUAAUUUUUCCUUCUCAAUGGAAACGGCAAAUGAAAUUUUCACUACCAAGCAAUACGGAAAUAAACAGAUACGUUACCCCGUUGACGAUUUGCCAAAAUAUGAAAUUCGAACGGACGCAAACCUUUUUUCUGCUUCUGCUCCUGGCCCAAGCCACUCCAGAAACUUCGAGAAUGGGGCCAACGAGCUGAUUUUUUUCGAGAACCAGAAUAAUGAGGCAUUCAGGAAGAGAAUGUUUUCCGCUACUUUAAAUGGAAAUGAAGAUUACAACGGUCAAUUCGCUGAGAUGAGCUCAAAUAGGUGCCAGUAUAUCUCGCCACCAAGAAAGAAGAGAAGGAGGAAGAACCAUUUGGAAGAUUUUGUCAUUAAUUUUUCAGAUGCAAAUAACCUAAGAGCUGAGACGCUUGAGAUUCCAGAAGAGGUCCUGGGUGAAAUUUACAUCAAGGCCUCAUUGUCCGAUAGCCUUCAGCAGGGAGCAGACGCAAGAGUCGAUGAGGUUAUGAAAGCGGCCAAAUCCUUGUUUUCCAAAAGGACGAGGACUCUUUACCAUUGGAUGCAUCCCAAUGCACCCAAACAGCAGAUCAAGGCUGCAGUUUCAGAAUCCUGGGACUCUUUGGGUACCCAGGAGAAGCAGUUUUACAUUUCGCAAGUUCUUGGGCGCUUUGGGUUCCCGGAAUGCAACCUGAUGAUAAAUCCUCAACUUGGUGGCAUCAAAGAAUUACCGGUAGUGCCAGACGUUACAGAAUUCAAUGAUAUAUCGGCGAACGAGCUUCGCAACGCGAUCUCUAGCAUUACCAUAGAUGGAAACAGCGUUUUCAUUACGGAACCCUCGUACGGAAGUUUAGGUAGGAAAAAACGCUUGGGCAGGCCAAUAGGUAGCAAGAACAAGAAGAGCGCGUGUGGGGAAAGUCUUAAGGGUCCCAUAAAUCAGGAUUUUCAAGACGAUCCAGAGCUGAGCGAAGAAUUACAGCAAUUCGCUAUGAAUUUAAGUAUACCGUGAUUUCGCGUUCAAAAACAUUGUUCCGGUUUUAUGUUGUUGCUUUUGAUUGUAUUUCCUCGUAAAUAUACCUGGUGAAGAUGGU